AUGUCAAGCGGAGGUGGUAUUAUGGGCGGUGUGGUAGAUCCGGAGACGCUGUAUACCAAGCAGAAUUGCAUAGGUGGCGGCAGCUUUGGAAAGGUCUACAAAGGAGUAGAUAAACGUACCGGGCAAGCUGUCGCUAUCAAAGUAAUCGACGUCGAAAAUGCAGAAGAUGAGGUGGAAGAUAUCAUACAAGAGAUCUCCAUUCUGUCCGAACUCCACUCUCCAUAUGUUACACAGUACCACGGAUCAUACUUGAAGGGCUCCGACCUAUGGAUCGUUAUGGAAUUCUGUUCCGGCGGGAGUUGCGGGGAUUUGAUGAAGCCAGGGCUCAUCAAUGAGGAGUAUAUUUCGAUCAUUAUCCGAGAACUACUACUUGGUUUAGAUUACCUGCAUGGGGACAAAAAGCUUCAUAGGGAUAUCAAAGGUAGGAGCUACGUGAGCUGGCUAACCCUGCCGCCAGCUGCAAACGUUUUGUUGGGAGCCAACGGUCAAGUCAAGCUGGCAGAUUUUGGUGUUUCGGGACAACUUUCAGCUACAAUGACGAAAAAGAACACUUUCGUUGGCACACCAUUCUGGAUGGCUCCUGAAGUCAUCAAGCAAUCUGGCUAUGACCACAAAGCGGAUAUCUGGUCAUUGGGCAUCACAGCCCUGGAACUGGCCAACGGAGAACCACCUUACUCUGACAUUCAUCCUAUGAAAGUUCUAUUUUUAAUCCCCAAGAAUCCUCCGCCAGAGCUGGAAGGCAAUUUUUCCAGGGCAUUUAAAGAAUUUGUCGAGUUAUGUUUACAGAAAGACCCUAGGAAGCGACCUUCUGCUCGAGACUUAUUGAAGCAUCUAUUCGUUCGAAAGGCCAAGAAGACCUCCUACCUUACAGAGCUGAUUGAGCGGCAUGAAAGAUGGGCAGUGCACCAUAAAAGCGAUGGAGAUGAUGAUUCAGAUGACGGGCGAGAUGAACUACCGCGGACAGCACCUAUAAACGAUGACCUGUGGGAUUUUGGGACCGUACGACCUGUUGGAGGUAGAGGAGCAGGUCGAUCCGGGUUGAAUACGAUGGGGGAGUCCGCAACGAAUGCGAGAUCUUCAAGAUCCUCUGAAAGUGAAGAUGAUUAUGCCGAACGACCUCACAGUUUAUCUCCAACGAAAAUGAAGGACUCGGGAUAUGUCUCCAGUGCAGAUACAGUCAAAGGAUUGAACUCUCCUAUAACCAGCCAACCGAGACAGUCAUCACCGCAACGACAACCUGUUCCUAAUAUGCCACCUCAAUCGCCUUCAAAAGUCCCACUGCCACCUUCCCCAGAAAAGCAUCCAGCGGCAGGGCCCCAAACACCAAGAACACCUCAACACCAAUAUCUUCCCCAACAAGCGACGGAAUCUCCAGAUUACGAUAGAAGCUUACAGGAGCAACUGCAAAGAGAUAUGGGAUUCUUAAACAUUGGAGCAACUCCUUCCCCUCAGCCGGCGAGGUCACAAUUUGCCCCGUCGGCCAUCCAAGCCCAAGAUUUCCAAACCAACGCAGCUACUCCACGACUUUCAGCCCAACAACCCUUACCAAAACUUGGGCCUAUAAAGUUACCUGAAAUCCCGCCGUUUCGAGGCCAACCCCUACAGAAACUUACGAACCAGCCGACUGUACCAGCGAAGCAACAAAUGCCCCCCAUGACGCAGCCUCUCACUUCCCAGAACGUAAACCCACGUCAGCUUGCCCAGCAACCACUUCCCGCUCUUCCUUCCAAACUUCGUGAAAGCACCCCUUCGCGAGAAAGCCUCUCCUCUGAAUCCUCCCGAACACCGACGACUAUGCCCUCUCCAACUCCCGCUAGCCCGACUGGUGAACUUGAUGCCCUCAACGAUGUUAUUUUUCCAGCUCUCGAGGAAGCGCUGAAACGUCGCCAGAUACGUCUCCAGCAGGCGUUUGGGCGAACCGGCACUACCCCAAAGCAACAGCGAGCACAAGCAGCACAUGAAAAACUAAGGAAACUAGUUUAUAAAUUAGCUCACGUCUGCAAAGAAAUCGAUCAUUGGGACAAGCAGGAGCCGGUUGGCAUGGACAAUGGUGUGGACGUCUUCUUGGAAGGGCUGCUGGAGGAGAUAUUAGUGCGUGUUGAGCCUGCCGAUGACGAUAAUGAUGAUCGACGAUGA